UAUAAAGCGUUUAAUUUAGGCACUUGAGGGUCUUUGAUUCUCGUCUGGAACGAAGUAGCCUGUACCUCGUGUUUCUACACGGAGGGAAACAGCCGAAGCAAACGAAAAUACAAUAAUCAUGGCGUUCAACUUUGGCGGUGGUGCUACCAAUACUGCGAGCUCUUCAGGAUUUUCAUUUGGUUCAUUUGCUGCCAAAACAACAGCCUCUACUGGUUUUGGCUUUGGCACCACCACCACCACUGCCUCAUCUGGAUUUGGUAGUCUUGCCGCCCCAGGGUUCGGGGCCACCACCACAACGGCUCCUUCCACUGGCUUUGGUUUCGGUUCCACAACUACAGGAUUUGGGGGGCUGGGAGCCGGCAGCACCACCGCCGGUGCAUUUGGAGGCUUUGGGACGGCCACUACUUCUGCCGCACCGGGGUCUACUUUCAGUUUCGCUGCUCCCUCAAACACAGGGGGUCUGUUUGGAAACACCCAGAAUAAGGGCUUUGGCUUCUCGGGGCUGGGUGCCGGUACCACUGCCGGGACUGGUUUCGGCACUGGCCUCGGAACCGGCCUCGGUACCGGUCUCGGAACCGGCCUUGGAACCGGUCUCGGGUUUGGGGGCUUCAACAUCCAGCCACAGCAACAGCAGGGGGGAUUAUUUGGCCAGCAGGCCCAGGCGUCUGCCCAGUCCAACCAGCUGAUCAACACAGCCAGCGCCCUGUCCGCGCCCACGCUGCUGGGGGACGAGCGCGAUGCCAUCCUGGCCAAGUGGAACCAGCUCCAGGCCUUCUGGGGCACUGGCAAGGGCUAUUUCAACAACAACAUCGCACCUGUCGAGUUCACACAGGAGAACCCCUUCUGCAGGUUCAAGGCAGUGGGCUACAGCUGCGCUCCAGGCAGUAAGGAUGAGGACGGCCUGGUGGUCCUGGCUCUGAAUAAGAAGGAGGUGGACGUGCGCAGUCAGCAGCAGCAGCUGGUGGAGUCGCUACAUAAGUUGCUGGGAGGACACCCGACCCUCACUGUCAACGUGGAGGGGGUCAAAGCACUGCCCGACGACCAGACGGAGGUGGUCAUAUACGUGGUGGAGCGCUCUCCGAACGGCACCUCCAAGAGGAUCCCGGCCACCACGCUCUUCAGCUACGUGGAGCAGGCCAACAUCAAACCGCAGCUGCAGCAGCUGGGCGUGGUCAUGUCCGUUACGCGCACAGAGCUGUCGCCUGCGCAGCUGAAGCAGCUGCUGCAGAACCCGCCAGCCGGUGUGGAUCCAAUUAUAUGGGAACAGGCGAAGGUUGACAACCCUGAUCCUGAAAAGUUGAUUCCAGUUCCGAUGGUUGGUUUCAAAGAACUACUUCGCAGGCUCAAGAUCCAGGACCAGAUGACAAAGCAGCACCAAACUCGUGUUGAUAUAAUCUCCAACGACGUAAGUGAGUUACAGAAGAAUCAGGCUACGACAGUGGCAAAGAUCGCACAGUACAAGAGGAAGCUGAUGGACCUUUCUCACAGAGUACUACAGGUCUUGAUUAAGCAGGAGAUUCAGAGGAAGAGUGGCUAUGCCAUCCAGGUGGAUGAGGAACAUCUGCGGGUGCAGCUGGACACCAUUCAGUCUGAACUCAACGCCCCCACUCAGUUUAAGGGCCGGCUGAACGAGCUCAUGUCUCAGAUCCGGAUGCAGAACCACUUCGGUGCGGUGCGGUCCGAGGAGCGCUACAGCGUGGACGCCGAGCUGCUGCGCGAGAUCAAGCAGCACCUGAAACAGCAGCAGGAGGGCCUGAGCCACCUCAUCAGCGUCAUCAAGGACGACGUGGAGGACAUAAAGCUGAUCGAACACGGUCUCCACGACAGCGUGCACAUGAGGGGCGGCAUGCUCAGCUGACCUCCCUGUUACCCCUGUCCCGCCGCCGGACUGCCCCCGACCCACAAUGCCUCUGCAUCGCUCUCCUGCCCCAGCGCAGCAGCCCUCCGUCGGAAGCACAGCAAGGCCGAACUUGGAAUGCAUGGGUCACCAUGGUGAUUGGAGGAUUCUUCCCAGCACUCCUUUAAAGGCAACUACUGGAGUGCUCUAAAGACAGGGCUGGGUUUUAAAGUGCAAGCAUCAACAUCUGUAAAUAUGCAGUUUUAUGAUUAUUUUUGGUAAUGUUUUGUAUUCUGGGUUUAGUAUAUGAACAAGCCCUGAGUUAUGAAAUAAAGUUUCAUUUAAGAGCUGCCCCA